UGCACACCACUUUAAGAUCUCCAGUUUUGAACACUGCCCUUAGCUUUUUGCAGCCUUUCUAUCUUCAGAUCUAUAUCAUUAUACAUACAUAGGACUGAAAGUGAGAAAAACGCUGGUGGGGAACGUUGGUCAAUUGGAAAUCUAAUGCUUGUCAUACAGACAAAAUUUGAAAUCAAGCAAGGCAGGGUAAGCCAAGAUGAAGUUUGAACUGGAGAUACUCUUCAUUCUACUUGGAAGUCAAAUAGUAAUGUCCGAUCAAAUCUGCCCAAAUGAUUUGUCUGCAAAUUGUGAAUGUAAACGUCAAUCAAAGAAAGCCUUUGUCACUUGUCUAUAUUCAGAUCCUUCAAACAUUGCAAAGAUACUUUCUACACAAGCAGGACAAUUACAGCCAUCAUGGAUCAUUCACUAUUUCGGAAUACCAAACAACAAUUUGACAUAUCUACCAAACAAUUACUUUGAUGGCUUUGAUGUGAUAUCCCUUGUAAAUGUCAGUGGCAACCAUUUUAAGUCAGUGCCAGCUGCAAUGAAGCAACUAUCGAAAACCACGGAGAUAGAUUUAUCAUCCAAUCAGCUGGAUUCUCUAAACAUUACAGACUUAUCUAGAUUUAAAAAUCUAAGAAAAUUAGAUCUGUCAGACAACAAAAUCACAGAGGUAGUUUCAACUUACACUGGAGCAAGAAUACCAACAGUACGAGAAAUUAAUCUGAGUUCUAACGACAUAGCCAGUAUCGAACCAAAAGCCCUACUCUCUUUUCCAAAUCUGAGGAAUCUGAUCAUGUCUGGAAAUCGAAAUUUUGAAGCCAUCAGUGCCGUCCAGUUCCCAGAACACAUUUCUGCUAUGAGAUUGGAGUCCACCGGGAUAAAGACGAUUGAUAUGUGUAAAUUCAAGCAUUUGAAUGACCUUGAAAGCCUGAAUCUUGAUGACAAUGAUUUAGAUUGUACCUGUGAUUUGUUUACAUUGUUUUACUGGGUGGAAAGUAACCGUGACGACGGUUUAGUACACGAAGUACAUGGAGAUGAUCCAAAAUGGGAUUGUCUGGAAAACGGUGUAACUGUCAAUAUAUCAGAAUUUGGAGCUAGAAUGUGUAAUGCUACCAGUUCUUUACUUCAAACUGACAUAUGUACAGAAAUAAUGCACAAUAUUAACAUUAAUUUUUCACUGCCCAACAUCUCAAACAUUGAACUCAUAGUUGAAUCAGCUGAAAGCGAAGAAAUUGUCCUUGAAUGGGAUUCACCGAACACUACAAUUUUGUACGGCUUCAUUAUUGUUGCUUCUCUGGUCGGCUCCGAAGAAGAGCCGUUUUACAAGUCAGCGAUUCUACAUCCAGACACAUUUUCUCAUACUGUGCAAGGUUCCGAUGUAAAGUCUGGAAACUUCAAGGUGUGUGUACAGGUAUUGCUGUAUAAUGAAACCACUGUUGGUACAGAAGACUGCAAGACAGUCUACAUCUUCUCGACACAAAUCAUUGUUGGAAUUCUAGCUGGAGUGGUCUUCAUUGUACCGUUCAUGGGCAUACUGUUCUGUAUCAUACGACUCGAUCGAAAAAACAGUAGAAAAGAAAAAUAUUUUUACAUCCAAAAUGAACUGGAUGUGGAAGCAAAGAAAAUUGCAGAAGUUAGUAAUGAAAAGCAAGAACAGUCUUCUGAUCAGAAAAAAUCUGCGGCUCUUUCCUUUACAGCGUCUAAGACAUUACCACCAGUUACAGCUCAGGGAUCAAGUCCCGUAGGAUCCAAGUCAGGGAACGAGAACCAGGGUUUUGCAGAUGGAGAUAAAAUUGAAGUGAAGAUUACUGAAUCAUCCAAAGACAAGGAUCCUAAACCUACAACACAGGGACAGCAAUACGGUGCUAUCUCAUCAAAUUUGUAGACAGCACCAAGCAGGGACCACAAUACGGUGCUAUCUCGUCACAUUUGUAGACAGCACCCAGCAGGGUCCACAAUACGGUGCUAUCUCGUCACAUUUGUAGACAGCACCCAGCAGGGUCCACAACACGGUGCUAUCUCGUCACAUUUGUAGACAGUACCCAACAGGGACCACAAUACGGUGCUAUCUCGUCACAUUUGUAGACAGCACCAAGCAGGGACCACAAUACGGUGCUAUCUCAUCACGCUUGUAAACUCCACCCAGCAGGCACCACAAUACUGUGAUAUCUCGUCAGGCACCACAAUACAGUGCUAUCUUGCAGGCAACACAAUACCGUGCUAUCUCAUCAGACACCACAAUACAGUGCUAUCUCGUCAGGCACCACGAUAUAGUGCUAUCUCGUCAGGCAUCACAAUAUAGUGCUAUCUCGUCAGGCACCACAAUACAGUGCUAUCUCGUCAGGCACCACAACAAAGUGCUAUCUCGUCAGGCACCACAAUACGGUGCUAUCUCGUCAGGCACCACAAUACAGUGCUAUCUCGUCAGGCACCACAAUACGGUGCUAUCUCGUCAGGCACCACAAUACGGUGCUAUCUCGUCACGUUUGUAAACUCCACCCAGCAGUGUCUGUGUAAACGCACUAAUAACUACAAUAGGUUUGGAUUUUCAAGUGCCAUUCUCAUUUUAAAGUUAAUGUUUGAGGAAAAUGAUGAACUUGUACUUUGCUAUGUCUUUCAUCAAUGUGGGAUUUUUGUAUAAUAUAAAUAUUUUAAAGUGUAUUUACCUAUAAUCUGUACUUACCUAAUUAUCAUAAUCAUGUAUAUCAUUAAACCUAGAGACCGGAGUUUUUGCCAACAUAUCACUUCAAAUAGUAGAUAGGCUCAUUUCAGGACUACGAAAUAGCACUUGUUGAAUUCUAAUGAACAACAAUGGAUACACGUAUGGGUGGGCUUGAUUUAAUAGUACAUGUAUUUAUGAAUAAUUCCUCUGAACAGCAAUAUAUAUUGGUUGGCUUGUUAUUAGGUAGUGGCUUAUUGCCCGAUAAAUAUGGAAUAUGAUCAUAAUAAUGAAAAAAAAAAUAUGUGUAGAGGAUGAAUGAUUUUUCACUUUUUGCCAGUUUUUGCUUAUGACUUUACUGAACACUAGCACUGUGUAAUUAAUCAAAUAUAUGAUAUUCUUGUAAAGGGCAUUUGGGUUAUUCAAAUAAUAUAUACUUUGGGAGGAUUCCAGAAAUACAGAAAUUCUUUUAUAUACAUGGUGGGCACAAAAGUGUACCUUUAUAAUAUAUAUUAUAUGGUGUUGUUUUACUUAAAUCACUGCAGCAGUAGGUGGUUUCUGUUAGACAAAACUGGAGUCCUUUCGUUGGGUAGAUAUUUGACAAAAUGUCCCUUAUCCAGCACCCAUACAAAAACCAUGGCUCUCAAUGCCGUUAUUGUCCAGUAGGGCCUUUCAAGUUAAAACUUUAGCUAAAACUUUUCCACUUUGUUGUUUAAUGUUGCAAUCAUUAAUUAUGCAUCUACAUUUUGAUUUUAACAUAGCCAUUGUGUCUCGCGUAUUUCUACAAAACAAAUUAAUGAUUUUAUUUGAAUUGUUCAUUGAAUCCAUGGCUAGAUUAGAAUCAGGCUUUAGUACAGAUAACUCAAUAUGUUUGCUCUCCAUUUCAAAAUUUAAUAUUCUAUCCUAUAUACUAUCCUAGAUAUAGACUGUCAAAAUAAAUGAACACCAUUAAAAAAACUGUAAACACUUUUAAAAUCAAAUAGGCUGGAUAAUCACAGGAAAAUCAAGAAUUAUUUUAAAGCUAAAAAUUCAGUGAUGUAGCAAAAUCUGCAUCCAUAAAAUUUAUGUAUUGAGUCUGAAAAAGAGGAUUUCCAUAUCCUGCACCAGAAAAUAAAUCCAAUCUAAUAUAACUUAAAAUAUUAUAAACUUCAACAGCUUUUUUUCAGCUUCAAACAACCUUUUUUUAGCUGCAGUAUCUUUUUUUAUAGCUUCAGCAUCUUUUUUUAUAGCUUCAACAACCUUUUUUUAGCUUCAGUAUCUUUUUUUUAUAGCUUCAGCAUCUUUUUUCAUGCUCCUGAUGUUGUGGUUUUGUAAGAUGUCUAACUGUAACCUAACAUUCAACAGACUCCAGCUUACUAUGCGGACAGUAAUACUCUCGACUCCAAAUUAAGAGACUUACUAUGCGGACAGUAAUACUCUCGACUCCAAAUUAGGAGACUUACUAUGCGGACAGUAAUACUCUCGACUCCAAAUUAGGAGACUUACUAUGCAGACAGUAAUACUCUCGACUCCAAAUUAAGAGAUAACCGUUUUCCAAAUCAUUAUCAUUUAAUACCUUAUUUGAUAAAAUAUGAUGUAAACUGUUAAUGUUUAUGUGUUCAUGUGUCAAGGAUAAAGGUGCAGAUUGCUCCAAACUUAAAACUGUCCAACACUGGAUUUACUUAAUAUUUGUCCCAAAAAUAAAUAAAUUAAUAUCAAAGAUAUAUUUCUUACUUUGCUCAGGAUAUAUACAAUAUACAUUCUUUGUAGAUUUACAAGAUUUUCCAGUAUAUAAAGGAUAUUGAAUUGUUUUUCUAUUUCAAACCUUUACAGUGAAGAUUUUUCCUGAAUAAAAUGAGAAAGUUUUACACAUUCAAUAUAACAAUAUUCCAGUUUCCAUAAACUUUGAAAGAUAUUCUUAUUUCUUCUUAAGAAUUUUAUUUUUUUAGAAAUUAACACAAGGAUAUUGUUAUUGACCACUUGUUUGUGUUAAUGUUUUGUUUUUUUUGUGAUUAUCACCCUAUGAACAUCAUUUUGAGGCACAUUCUGUAUGCAGUAAAUGUUUCUGGUUACCUCACUUGAUUACAUAUAUAAGUGCUAUUGGGAACAAUUGGUAGGAGUUAAGUGUCUUCAAUGGCUAAGAAUACAACCAAAACAACAUCAGAUGGUCCAUGACCUCAGCUUCCUGAGAGUCACAAACAUCUCUGAUUUGAGAUCAAAAACACACAUCUCAGAAUGCCGCCUCAGGUUACUUAUUGCCCGAUACACGAGGACGGAUAUUGCUGCUACAAUUGUCUGUGUAGUACAAUUCUAAUAUCUUGUUACCUACAUGAUGAACCUUGCAUAAUACCAACUUAACUUUAAAGAGAUUUAUUAAAAUCUAUAUGCAGUACAUAGUAUAGACUUUUUUCAUGUAAAGGGGAACAACUCCCCGGAAUUGAAAAGCAAAUCCUCGAUUAAGUUAAAACUAAAUACAAUUUGAAAAUAUUUAGGCUGUUUUGUUUUGUUUUUUUACAUUAGGCUGGUAUUUUAUUUGAAAACAUUGUGGCUUGUGUUUUAUUGUUUUAUUGUUUUGAUGUAAUUACAUUACAGAGUAUUUAAUAAAUGUUGUUUUUAAUGAUCAUAACAUGAAAUGUAUUUUUAUUAUGUAAAUAAAAGUUAUAUAAAAAUUGUUA